AUGGCAACUAAACUGUUCCCAAAAUUUAGCCAAGGUCUAGCACAAGACCCUACAACACGUAGAAUAUGGUACGGGCUUGCAAUGGCUCAUGAUUUUGAAAGCCAUGAUGGUAUGACAGAAGAAAAUCUUUAUCAAAAGAUAUUUGCUUCACACUUUGGUCAAUUAUUUAUCACUUUAUAG